AAUAGGUUUGUUAUAUAUGCAGGACUUUGGGCCCCAUCUUUUAGAAAAAGUUGACAACUGGCACAAUAUUUGUCAGCGUCUUACAGAUGUUAAGGAGGAGCUGAUAGAGGAGGUGAAAGAAGGACAGUUUCCUGAAGAUGAUGCUUUGCAGAUGGGGGAUAAAAUGCAUAUGGACGAAAAAAUACUAUUCUACCAUUUACCUGAUAUGCAUAAAGCUGAUGCUGUUCAUUAUUUGAAAUGUAACGCCGAAGCCAAAAAACUGCCGCUUGAUCACGUAAAAAAAGUAUGGGAGAUGCUAAAAUGCGUUCACAAAAGUGUAGAUGAGGAAGACUUUGGGCCCCGUCUUCUGGAAAAAGUUGACACGUGGCACAAUAUUUGUCAGCGUCUUACAGACGUUAAGGAGGAACUGAUAGAGAAGAUGAAAGAAGCACAGUUUCCUGAAGAUGAUGCUUUGCAGAUGGGAGAUAAAAUGAAAAUGGACGAAAAAAUGCUAAGGUACUAUUUACCUGAUAUGCAUAAAGCUGAUGCUGUUCAUUAUUUGAAAUGUAAUGCCGAAGCCAGAGAAAAGCCUGUUGAUCACAUAAGAAGAAUAUGGGAGAUGCAAAAAUGCAUUCAAAAAACUGUUGAUGAUAAACACUAUAUAUUCUUCUAAAUAAUUCCAAAAUCUUUUGGUAUUUCCUACGACAGUAUAUGACGACACAUGACAAUAUGUUAUUCAGCAGUAUUUUGAAAUAUAAAGUUUUAACAAAA